UGUUAAUUCUCCGUUUUGUUAUUUCUCCGUUCGUUAUUAUUGUUAUUACAAAAACAGUUCUUUUAAGAACUACUUUUUUUUACAUUUCUGUUUGUAAGGCAUUCUGAAAAUGGCUCCCGUGAAGUGUUGCAUAAAGGGUUGCGAAAAGAAUAUCCAACCGCAACACCGAUUUCCUAAUCCCAAAAAGGAUUUUGGAAGUUUUAAGCAGUGGAUUGAGGCUAUAAACAAUGACACCUUAACAUCAAUGGAUCCUAUAAAUGUUUACAAUGUGAAGAAAGUUUGUCAUUGCCAUUUUGAGGAUCAGUAUUUCAGUGUGGGCAGUAAAAGGUUGCAUUUAAAUGCAAUGCCUAGCCUUCAUUUACCCAGUCGUACCACUUUGAUUUUAGAAGAUAAUGACUGUAAAGUCUGUGAAAAUCUCAACUUAACUGGAGCGUCUGUUGAAAAUUGUUUAGUUCCAAGUGCUGAAAUAUCUUGUACCGUGCCAUUUGAAACAGAAGAUCAUACAAGUCUACAUGCCACUAUUACUUCCACAAAUUGUUUGGAAGUUGAUAACAGUCAAAGUGUCACUAUUAAAAAACACCAUAAAGGAAGGAUUGAAACUCCUCAUGAAAUGUUGUCCGUCAAUGGUAGUACAAAAUAUGCUUCAAAUGGGAAGGAGUUUAGAUGUGGAAUUAAUGACUCCAGCAGGCACAUCCAGUUUUGGCAGCAAGAAGCAAUACCACUCUUAGAGACAAUGGCAUUUGAAGUCAAUAAAUCAAAAGAUAAAUCAAAGCCUCCGAGUCUAAAAAAUUGGAUUUUUACUUUGAAAAAUUUUAUACGAAUUUGGAACAUUUUAAAACAUGAAGGAUUUGAUUAUCUAUUAGGCAGACACUUCAACCAGGAUCCACUGGAAAAUUUAUUUGGGAGAGUGCGCAGUUUUGGAAUGCAACAAAACAAUCCAACAGCAGGGAAUUUCACCUCAAUUUUUAAAACAAUUGUUGUUAAUUCGUCAUUUAAAAAUUAUAGUUCAUCAUAUAAUUGUGAAGAUGAUAAUUGCGAUUUAUUAUUUGAUGAAAUUAGCGUAUAUUUUAAAGACAAAAACAAAGAAACACUUAAAAGGAGAAAUUAUGAAGAAGCUUGUACUUUGGAAAAUGAUCAGAAUCUGCAGGCUUCAGAACAGAGCAAUUUGGGAGAACAAAUGAUUCAGCUUGAAUCAGGUACUAAUUUGUUAAUUUUUAAAAGGCAGUAUCAGCCGAAUAGUAGAAGGUGUUACCCGAGUGUAAAUUUUGCAGUGACAUUUCAACAAAUUUUUAAUUGUAUCAAUGAUGCAUUGCGCAAACAUGGCGGAAAGAAAACCCUAAUUCAGGAAAAUCAUAUAAAUAUUGUCGAAAAUGUGGAUUUUUCGUAUUUCUGUUCACAACAUAAGUCGGCAAUAGUUCCGAAAAUUAUAAAAAUAAUAAUUCGGACAACCCUGCACCAUUACUGUAAUUGUGUUAAUCGCAUAUUGACAGGCAAAGAUACUAGACCGAUAUUAACAGAUAACGUCAUUAAGUGUAAAGCCAGAAAGAUGUACUUGCAAAGAAAAAAACGAUUAGACAAGGGACAGAAAAUUCUUUAAACUUUCUCCCGAUUGUAUUUUCAUUAUUUGAAAAUUUUGAAACUCUGUAUAUUUUGUUUUCAGGAACGGUUUAUAAAAGAUAAAUUAAAUAUUUAAUUGCAUUCACCUAGGCUACGUCGUCAAUCUCAGUCGAUUAGAUUGUACAAAUAAGGUCUUCAUCACAUAUUCAACUUUAAUUUAACAUAAUUUGAGUUAGAUAUUUAAUUCGCCUUCUAUAAACCGGCACUAAUAAGUGUUGUUCAUGAGCCAUCGCAACUUA